AUGAAAACUGGCAAGAAAGUACCGAUAUCUCCGAAAAAGGGUUCGGAUUCGGAGAACAGUGAUGGUACACCAUGGCGUGGAAGCGGCGGUAGUGUGAAUAUGGCUCGGCGAAGUUUAGCGAGUGGAUCACGUCCGACAACACCGAUAAUGUCGCCAAUAUUGAACAGAUCAUCGAGUGGCAGUCGUCUAGGAGCGAUGCAGUUAACAAGCAGAAGUGGGUCUGGCAGUGGUCUAUUUCCUCCUCGAACUAACGUUCGGCGUACAGAUUCGGCAAACGAAACCGAUCAACGCCGGAAGCGCAUUCGUCGUAGGACCAUGAUCUACGGAGAGCAUGUAGUACUUCGAAACUGGUCUGUGGUAGUUUCCACCCUGAUAGAAAUGUAUAUGGAUUAA